AUGAUAAUAUUGAUAGAGUGGCAGUUGAAUGCUAGAAUAGUGCAGGCUUUUGUGAUUCAGGAACACAGCACAGUGUGUCGAAAGAGGUUGAGCCGGUUGUCUGAGGUGAACGUGUCUGUGCUUUGUUGGCGUGCCUCAGGUCCUUCCCUGGAGCUCCAGGUAUGGAGGAUUCUCGGUCACCAUGACGACAGUGGCCUUCAGGAUGUGACUGUUUUGUGGAAGCCUUCUCCUCAAGAGGACUACAGCGGUACACUGUGGGGCUACGAGGUGCGCCCAGACAGUGCGGCGAGCAAGGCGGUCAUCUGCCCUCCUGAUCUGAGCCUGUGUGUAGUCCAGGUGUCUCCGGACGUUCAUACGCUGUGGGUCAGCGCGGUCACCUCCUACGGCCGCUCCCCGCCUGCCGCUGUCCACCUCAUACCCUCAGGUGUUCCUGGGCCUGCUUUAAAGAGGACGCUCCGUGGUGGACAUGGGAGCGUGGUACUCUCCUGGUCCUGGCCUCCCCCUGGCCCUGGUGGCUCAGGGGGCACUGGGGAACUGGUCAGCUAUGUGACUGAAUGGACCCUUCGACCUGCGGAGCUGCGCUGGAACAUUCUGUCCAGAGAUCAAAACACUACCUUAAUCGGAGGUCUGUUUGCCGGUGAGCGGUAUAACGUCUCUGUGUAUGCUGUGACCACUAAGGGCAUCAGUAAGCCAUCUUCAGUUUUGGUGUACUCCGAAGAAAAGAGGCCUCUGUCAGGGCCCAAGGUGUCAGUGGUGGACCACAAGGCUGGCCGUGUCCUGAUCCAGUGGGAGGAGCUUCCUGUAGCAUGUCAGAGAGGUUUCAUCACAAGUUACACCAUAUAUGUCCGCACGCUUUCCUCCAGCCCCAGUGAACAGAACAUAAGCGUAUCUGGCUCAGCCGCUCGGCGCGUGUGGCUUGACUGUCCUGAAGACAGUGUAAUACUGGGUCUCUCAUCUGCCUCCAACUCAGCCGGAGAGGGACCAAAGGGAGAAGGGGUCACCUUCAAGCCCUCAGUCACACAUCCUAUAGCCGGAUUGGUGACUGCUCUGGUUCUCACCAUAACCUUCUUCUCAGUGGCUGCACUCAUCUUUAUAUGCUGGAGCUCUGUGAGGAAAAGAAUCAAACAGUCAUGCAUUUCCUGGGGACCGUCUUGGCUUGUUGAAAACGUACCGAAACCUGAAGACAGUAAAGCUAAUGCACUUUUGAAGGGGAAGUACGUCGAAACCUCCGCCAGGCCAUCCCGCCCAAACUCCCAUAGUGACCCUCCUCUCUCACCCAUCGAGGAGAUCCCCUGGGAGGAAACCCUCCUCCUCCAAACCCGACCCUGGCCUGUCCAGGCUCCGGGGUCAUGGCCGGGGCUGACAGCAGAGAUGGAACGGCCCCUUCCCGCUGAGGGGCCCGUGGAGUCGGUCAGCUACAAGCCUCAUGCUCCGUGCAUGGAGGAGGACAAGGAGGAAACGGGCCAUGGAGGAGUGUGCGGAGAGCAGAGGGAUGUACCUGACACACCUGCGCAAGAGCGUGGCAGCGGAUGCUCGCUCACGCUCAAUGGGUUUCCAAAGUUGAGCUCACUCUACGGUGCGGACGGGGAUUUGCCUAAUAUGCGAUCUCUGGGGUUUACCGAGGGCUCUGGUAGCCGUCUGUCUGGCCUCCUCUGCAGCGGGGUCUUUUUUGGGGGAGCUGAUACUGAGGGCCAGGGGACUAUGUGUGCUGGGUAUUCAACGGGAGGAGAGGGAGACCCCUGGAGAACCUAGAACCUAGGAAUCUGGGGUUCUGGGUAUUCAUUUGGCGACGGAGACCCCUGAAGAGGUGUUAUGAUGUUGUUCAUUCAAAGUUUUGUUUUAGUGUUCGUAAAGUGGCUGUACUGACAACAGAGCAAGGCAGCAUAAACCUGCUUGGAAGAAACCCAUCGGUUCAAAUCAGUCUAUGAACGAGUAAAAGAGUACAAUACUGCAUUACUGAAAAAUGAAAAGAAAUACACAAGCGUACAGUUAAUGGAGUCAAGGGGGUUAUGGAUACUUUGGUCAAUGUUUGUUUAUGUAUAUAACACAAAUCUUUCUUAAACUAAUUUAGUCAUCAAGAUCUUUUUCUUGUCUUACAUAUAUCUAGUGCCCCUUAAUCCCUCCUAUAAUAGUAACACUUCUAAUAAUAAUAGGGAAUAUUCAUUUUGUAUUGAUUAACAAUUUUAAUUAACCAGACACAAUUCAGUAAUAUGAAUCAGUUUACAGUUAAUUAACAGUUGACCAAACCACAAGUAAUCAUUUCCGAAUGCUGUUUAUGUUUAAUAAAGAUGUGCAUGUUUAGUACGGUAUUAAUGUAUACAUUAUUUAAUAGGGUUUGGGUAAAUCCUUACUUUUGUUUAUUAAUGCUUAUUAAUUCAUUGACUAAUGCUAAUUAACGGUUAACUCAUGUACCCUUAUGUAAUGUUAUUGUAAGGGGAGUAUCAAUCUAACACUAUCGCAAAAUAUGAAAAAUAAACUUGAUUCUUCUGUUUGUUGUCUAAACGCUGUUGUGUGCCUUUUAAAAACUGAAUUUCCUGUUUUUACUUUGCAAAUGUGUUAUUUGAGGUUAUGAAAAUUAAGGGUAAAUUUGCUAUUUUUGACCCAAGUGCCUAGCCACAGAUUAUGUUGCAUGAUACACACAUUAGUUCAGUAUUAAGUUGGUCGGCUUCUUCCUGUUGGGCUCUAGCUUGGCCUUAGAAUGGAAGACGACUGGUCAUAAGUAAACCAUUUCUAACAAACAUUACAGAGACCGAUCUGAGUUGAUAAAUGCUUUUGACAAUGUCGUCACAAGACAAGGCUUCCCCGAGGACAUUUAAAUUGUGUGCAGAUUUGUAUUUAAAUGUGUAUUGCUACAGUGGCCAGUCUACACAGUGUUGAUUUGAAGCCUUUACAGACACUUAUUUACAGUUUACUACUGCUGGCCGAGUUUGUGAUCACGAAUUACACACUUACAGUCACCCUCCCCAAGCCACCUCAGACUUUAGAUAUGAGGCGAUGGUGAGACUAGGAGAACCUUAACCCAUGAUAAAUUGUUCUUGGAUUUAGGCUUAAGGGUUGUGUUUUGUUUUGUGAUUAGGGUUUUUCAUUUUAGGGUCAGGGUUUGGUUUAAGGGUUAGGGUUUAGUUCCCAGGACAACGGUCUACAGUCCGAGGGAGAGUCCCAAAGGCCUCUAGGCCUCUGGGAAAGGACCCUCCCCCAGGAGGACCUCGGACUGGGAAGGGACCCAGCACAGGGCCCACAGUUCAAGGAUGGCCCCCAGGGUGGCCAGGGUCAGGGUUCCUAAGUGAACGAUCUCUUACGGAAUGAGAGAGCUUCCAGGCACCUUCCCCUCAACAUAACAUAAUUUCAGAGGAAGUUGUUGAUUGGCUACUGCAGAUCAAAUGAUGGGAGAAAUGGCUGAUUUGGCAGGCCUGUUGUAUCGCCUUGUAAGAGGGCAGAGAUGUUUCCGUUCAUUUUAACACUAUGUCUGUAUAAAUACAUUUUCAGCUUGAUUGGCAUUUUUGCUAGGUUUAUUCUCUGGUUCCCAGCGAAAAACUAGGCCAUACGGAUCAUUCCACUUCCUGAUAAGUGUCUCGCUUCCCCACCAAAAAUAUCGAACCGAGUCCUUCUCCAUCACGUUAAAUAAUAUAGCUUCUCAUUAUUGACACGACUUAUAUUACGUGGCCUUCAUAUGGUCAUUAGCUAGCCUCUUAUUGUCGUCAGUUUUGAUGCAAUGUCAAUGUAUGUCUGUGAAAAACUAUUCAAAUAGGACUAACGAGGAGGUGGGAUGAGUCCCUGACAAGAGCAACCAUGUGCUUGUGGAAAUAACAAUGAUAAAUAUUAAAAUAAUGAUAAUAGGUACAUAGAUAGAGAGACAAGUAGAAAUACAGAUCAGUUUAAUUACAGUUUUACUCAGUCGCUUUGGUACAUUUCUCAGAUCAGAAUUGAAAUUCUCAAAACUACCUGUUCAAUCUUCACAUCAUUUUGUCACUUGUGCACAUCAAAAAAGCAGUUUCUCAUUUCUUUGAACAAGUUGCCAAUGCUUUGGUACAUUCAUGCAAAUGAUUAUGUACGA